CACACUUAGGCUUUAAACAGUUGAAGGGACGUGUUUUGUGGUCAUUGUAACAUGUUUUCGGACAAAUAAGCUGGCGUGUAUUGGGUUCGUAUCCAGAUAUCGGCUUCAAGUCGGAGCGGGUGUAUAGAGCGAGCAUCUAGAUAUGAAAACCCCCGAUGAUGGUUUGUGGCGGGAGAGAAGGAAAAGUCGUCUGGUUAGCAGUCUGUAGUUUUAUCAUCUGUUUUCACAUCACCGCUGCAGGUCGAUAUGUUACCCAGAAUACCACCGGUGACCUUGCGCGGUACUACUUGAACGAUUUAGGAAUCGAGGUCACGAGGUACGGACAUCUUGUUUUUGAACUGAAGGCUUGUCAGGACGCGUUUAUCUUUCUGGACGAGACAAAGAGUCACGUGAACUACUACCAGAUAGUUCUAGGCGCCAGUGGCAACACGUGGUGUGGGCUGCGUGACAGGUGCGACGGCUGCGCGUCAAAAGUCUCGGCCAAUGGCGCAUUCCUCAACUGUUCGAGCUACGUCCCGUUCUGGCUUACCUGGGACGACCAGGGCAAGGUCCUGUUCGGCCAGGGAGGAAACCCUGGUGAUGACGUCAUUUUCACGUUCACGGAUACUACGACUGGAUUCGAGAUCCACUAUCUGUCAGUGUCUUCAUACUACGACCAAACCGGUUCUUGGAAUUUGUUGAUAGACGGCAGCCCAGUGUUUACGGCACCUUCACCUGACGGAAACACGACCAUAGACGUAUCAGAAAAUGCAAAGAUUGGAGAAACUAUAUUUUCAUUGGCUGCAACAGAUCCUGAAAAUGACGUCAUUUCCUUUGCAGUUAUUGGCCAACAUGUUGAUGUGUUUAAGUGUGUCGGAAAUGAUUUAACGUUAAACGCCGAUUUGGAUUUUGAAACAACUAAUUUUUACAGAGUCUACGUUAGAGCGAACGAUUCACGUAAUCUUGUUGAAGUCUCGCUGAAUGUUAGAGUGACGGAUGAAAUCGACGAAGUUCCUCGGAUAAUAUUGAGUCACGUGACAUCAGUUCAGGAGGAACUGCCCGAGGGCGCGAUGAUUGGUCCAUUCUUCCAGGCGACUGAUGCCGAUGUUCAAGAUAUAUUGAUCUAUUCUCUGCUAGGACCAGACCAAGGCUAUUUCACGAUAAAUUCCUCCACCGGUGAAAUGUUGACGAAAACGAGGCUUGACCGAGAUGGCGCCGCUGGAAAGACCGACGUUUCCGUCACCGUCACUGUCACCGACAGCGCAAGUUUCACCUCCAGCGUCGACGUCACGCUAAGAGUUCUCGACAUCAACGACAACGUGCCGCAAUUCACCCAGUCCGUUUAUUACGUGAACGUCACGGAAAACUCGACAGCUGAUACUCUUCUUGGGGAGCUGACAUGCGCAGACGAGGAUUCGGGAGAUAACUCUAACAUUUCGUUAACUAUCGUCAAUGGUGAUGACGCUGGAAAUCCGAAGUUCAGCAUCCGGGGCCUGGAUCUAUUUGCUGACGGGACUUCCCUUGACUAUGAAUCGGUUUUGACGCAUGAAUACACACUGACAGUCGCGGCAGUAGACAAUCCUGGAGGUGUCUGGCAGAACACAGGAACAGCUGUAGUUGUUAUUCAGGUACUUCCAGAAAACGAAUACGCCCCGGUCUGGGUGAGUCCAGUCACUAACAGUAGUGAUGAUUUUCCUAGUCACGUGAUACCAGAAAACUGUACCGAUUGGCAGCCUCGUUCUGACAUUCCUGGCAGACGACAGGGAUGACGGUAAAGAUGGAAUUGUCGAAUAUCAGUUGACGUCUGUUUUAAGAGCCGAUGGUUUGGCGGCUUUAGAAACUUUUGCCAUUGAUUCUAUAUCCGGGAAUUUGACCUCAACCCGGAUCCUCGACAGUGACCAAUCAACGGGAGGAACCGAGUAUUACGACAUCGUUGUCAAGGCAACGGAUUCCAGC